AUGGCUGGAAAAUACAACUUGUUUUUGGUUCUGUGGUUCGUCGUGGCCUGUCUUGUGAAAGAUAUUCCAACCAAAAGGUCCAACAACAACUACAGGUGCUGUAACUUUGACGCCUGUAACAGUGCCAACAACAACUACAGGUGCUGUAACUUCAACGCCUGUAGUAGGUCCAACAACAAUUACAGGUGCUGUAACUUCAACGCCUGUAACAGUGCCAACAACAACUACAGGUGCUGUAACUUCAACGCCUGUAGUAGGUCCAACAACAACUACAGGUGCUGUAACUUCAACGCCUGUAACAGUGACAACAACAACUGCUGGUGCUGUAAAUCCAACGACUGGAACAGAGACAGCACCAACUGCAACAGCACCAGGUUCAACGUCAGUAGCUCCAACAACAGCACCAGGUUUGAUCCUUGUCAACCGAACCCAUGCGGCCGGGGAAGCACCUGUGCAGUCCGUUUCAAUCAAACCUUUGUCUGCUUGUGCUUGCCGGGUGAUCACUACAAUGAUGGUAGCAAAGUUUGUGUGAAAGCCAAAGUUUUCCCUGGACAACUUUCCCUGCCGAAAUUAACCUAUAAUGAAAAAAUGGAAAACAAGCAAUCACCAGAAUUUAAAGAAGCUGCACAAAAUAUUACUACUACGCUUACACCUUUAUAUAACAUAACUGAUGGGUUCUCUGAUGUUACAGUGCUCUCACUCCAGAAACUUGCACAGAGCAGAGUUGGAUCAGUGAGAAUGGAAGGGGUCACUGCAUCAAUAGAAAUCAUCUUCAGCGAGAGUUCUACCAUCACAACAAGUGAGGUUACAAGUGUGAUGGAAGAAGCUGCCGCUAACUGUUCGAAUUGCCUACUGGGAGGUGCAACUUUCAACGAGACCGAUAACUGCGCUGCUAAACCCUGUGAUGAGGUGACUACCACUUGCUCUUCAGGAAAUGGAACCUUUGUUUGUAGCUGUAAGGAAACCUACAUCAACACGACUUUCAGCGACAGACUGUGCAUCGCUUGUCCCAGUGGGCAGGAAGCAGUGAAUUCAAGCUCUUGUAAACCAUGCAAACCUGGUUUUUCUGGUUUGAACUGCCUUGAAGACUGGAAGCAGACACUGAUUAUUGUUGGCUCCGUGCUCGGGGGCCUGCUGCUCAUCACACUCAUCCUUCUAAUCAUACUGGCAGUGAGAUCCUCCAAGAAGAGCAGCAAGAAAAGCAAACAUGAAGACAUCGGGAAACCCUAUGUCAGUCACUUUACUGCCAAGGCACCACUGGCUAACGGUAACGGCAGCUACGCUAACAGCCAGAUACCCUCAUAUCAUGGGUCAGGCUAUGAAGGUGCUGGGGUGCCCAAGAUCCCACGUGCAACAGCCAACAACAACUGGGAACGCAGGUCCAAUAUGGAGAUGACUCCUAGCAACAGCCGGCAAAACCUGGUCCCUAUGGGCAGUAACUCGCGGCUCUACGACGACGAUGAUGACAUGAACUCAUACACUCGACCCGAGAGCAACCACUAUGCAUCUGCACCUGCACGUCCACAGAGCAACCUGUACGCCCAGAGUCGACCUCAGAGCAACCCGUACGCCCAGAGUCGACCUCAGAGCAACCCGUACGCUGCGAAGCAGGGCCAGAACAAUCCUUACUACCAGUAA